GGUUAAAUGUUGGUGUUUACAUUUUUGAAUGUUUAUAAGAGAAAUGCAGUUUGUCCAUAAUUUGAAAAGUAUUCUAGUUAUUAGUGAUGCUUUGACAUGAUAAUCAGUGCAACGGAAAAUUUUAAUGUUUUAGUCUUUAGCAAUGCUACUGUUUCAGGCUACUGUAUUGCUGAGUGUAAGGCACUGAUUUAUUUCUUUCCUGACAUUGACGCAUCCAUGCAACAGGAUAAUACGCAGCAAGCCUUCAAGACUAAUGUAUUUGUGUGGAGGUGCAAGUUUAUCAUUGAAUCCUUAUAUUUAAUUUCCAACCAUGUUUUAUUAUAUGAGUUGUCCAGGACAUCCCAGAUAUAUGGAUAAUGAUUCUGGCAAUAAAAUCAAAGAAUGAAAGGUAGCAGAACUGUAUACACCAGACCAGGAAAUUGUGUGAUCACUUUGAUACGAUAAUAAGUGCAUGGAUGUUAGUAAAGAUGAUGACGAUGCUCCAGUAGAAACUUCGUUCAAACACUUUAAGAAAAAGAUAUUACACUUAUCAGAAAAUCUUAAAAGUGUGUACCAGGAUGGGAUUCAGUCACUGAAACGUAAACAGAAACGAAGGAAUGAUCCCCGAUUCGAUCCUAGAGUCAAUGGCAUUUGUCAUGUAAAUGAUUGGGAAUUCUUAGAAGAUGAAAGGAAGCAAACCUUAACAAAGCUGAAAAAGAUGCUACGUAAAAAUUUAGAUGCUGAAAAACGUAAAGAGGUAAUGGAAGCACUGCGUUUGGUGAAACAACGAAUAGCAACAGAGAAAGAUAAGAAGUUUCGUAAACAAUUCAUGGAUAAAAUUCAGCAAGAACAAAUUGAAAACUUAGAGGCCGGGAAGUCCGUACGUUUUAUUCCUCGAGCUGAACUUCGUAAACUUGUCAGAAAUGAACGCCUAGAACGCAUGAGCAAACGCCAGAGAGAGAGGUAUUUGAACAGAAAAAAAAGAAGAUUAACUUCCGGUGAUGAAUAAAUUCUCUCAAGCCAAUGCAAUCCAGUUUUCUGUAACCGUUGAUUUUUCUCUUUGCUCCUGUUGCAAAAUAAUUCUAUGUUGAUAACUGUAUACUACCUUUGUCCUCUUUUUUAAAUACUUCAUUGUUGUAAAUAACAUACAGAAUUCUUGUUAUUAAAUGGAUUGGUGUGUUUAUUUUAAACUGUUUGUCUGUGGGUUAGCCAGAUUAUUGUUUUAUACCUAUUAAAGAUACUUGUUGGGGAUUUUUUUUUCCGAGCCACACAAGUAUGCCUUCAAUGUACGCUUUCUGCAAAAUCUUUUCUAGGAUAUUACACAUAGAAACGUGCGGUAUGGUUGAUGUUGGGUUAUCCUGCCUAAUGUUAUCAGUUGUUUUUAAGGAUAAAGAUAGUUCAUCUUCCUCCCUUUUAUUUAACAAUUAAGUGUUUAUCCACAGACAUGUAUCCACGUUUUAUUGGGAAAAUACUUACAUACAAGUACUGGUACACUGAUGUGGAAUAUUCAUUCACAAAGCAAGAUUCAUCGAAUUUCUUUGUUUGCUUAUUUUAAAAAAUUCACGUGGGAAGUCGUGAAACGAACUGUUGGUCAAGUAGUGUUUUUUUUCCCGCGAAGCAGUCACCUACUGAUCUUGUUCGUGUGAAUCUACUUUUUGUUUCAUAGACUAGCUGCCUAAAUUUAUUUGCAACCAAAGACUGGAACUUCAUGCACAGUAAAUAUUUUUAAAGAUGCUAAUUACUCUCUACUUUUCG